UUUUAAUGAACCGGUUCUAAGACCACUUCGGUCCUUGUUCAGCCCUAAUGACUUAAUUCAAAGACAAAAAAUGCAGAAGCAGGCAUUAUUACUCAUAUUACUCUAUUGUUGACUCAAUGUUGGACACUUUCGAAACACAUAUGCACAGACUAAGUUGUUUACAGGGUGCCCAUUGACUCAAGACUAUUAAGACUCGGUUCACUGAAAUGAAGCAGUUUAAAUAACCAGGAGUCACACUCAUCAUCAUCAAUUGUACGCUGUUACGCCUGGAAGUGAAACUCGUUUGGUCGUACCAGCAUAGACUGUUGGAAAUAGUAUUGUAUUAGCAGUCGAAACUUAAAACAUCGUUUUUCUUAGUCCGUUGAAGUGAUGGCACGCGGACUGUUUACCAUUAUUGGACUCACAGCUGGUGCAGUGGGUGCAGUUGUGUUGGCCCCAGUGGCGCUUACUGCAGCUGGUUUCACUUCUGCUGGUAUAGCUGCUGGUUCACUGGCGGCCAGUAUGAUGUCUUCUGUGGCCAUCUCUAACGGAGGCGCCGUUGCUGCUGGAAGUUUGGUGGCAAUCCUCCAGUCUGCAGGUGCAGCAGGGCUGACUGCAGGUGUGACAGCAGCCGUGGCGUCUGUGGGCGGAGCAGCAGGUGCUGUGUUAGGUGGAGCUGCGGAUUUGUUCUCUUCCACCAAAUCCUCUGGUCCCCAGGAUCCAUCAGAUUCUGAUGAUGAUGGAGAUGACAUGGAAUUGCAGAAUGUACUGAAGAAUUUGGAAUCCAAAGAGCUUAUGCCACUUUAAAGCCACUUGAUAAAUAUGGAGCCAAAAAUAUGAACAAUAAAAAUGGUCAUGAAUUCAAGUGUGUGUCUUAUGUGUGAUUGUGGUUGCCAAUGUGUGUGACAAUAUGUUACAAAUAUAAAAAGCAAGAAAUAUUAUUAGCUGCUACAUGAGUUGGUUACAAGAAGGCCUUCUUUACCUUUUUUUACCUAAAUUAAAGAGUCAUUUAGCUGACGUCACGCCCUAUGUUGCAGUGGCGCCGCCAUCUUGGGAGGAUCAUACUCCACUGUUAUUAUUGUUUUGAUAUGUACCGUUACUUGUUUUGUUUGAUAUAUGGAGAAAUCGAAAGUGAAAGAACCAGGGGCUUCUCCUGAACGACUCUAAUGCUAUUGCAGUUUUUAACACAGCAAGACCGACCUACCAUAGUUCUAUUUCCUAAUCAAACAAGAAAAACAAAACACGGCAUUGAACGCACUAGCAGCGAUCCUCCCAAGUUGGCGCAACAUUCAACACGGCGUGACGUAGCUUCACAUUAGGCUUGUUCGACUUGAUGCGGCGCCGCAAGAUUCGACAGGCGGAUGACAUCAAAGUACCGCGAGAGCCAUUCGAAAAACCAUAAAAUGUUUGGCGCCGUAUCAAGUCGAACAAGCCUACUCUCUAGCCUACGCCCUGCAUAAAUGGAAAGCAACAAGAAAACCUGUUUUUCAUGUACACGUCAUGGAUUCCGACGUACUUGCACAGCUAUUUUCGUUAAGCAAAACGGAGCCCGGAAUCGAUGUGUAGAUUAUCCCCACGCGAGGCACUAACUUGAACGUCAUUAAAAUAUUUGCUUGCUGUACAUGUUCAACUUGACAUUGUGGUGAAAUGUUUUGACAUUAUGUAGCAUAAGCAUAGCUUAAGCUCUUUUAAAUAAACAUCCUUUAAACGUUUGUCUUUUGGGUAUGGCUCUCUUUAUUUUGAAUUUCAGUUUCGUUUCUUAAUAAAGGUCCACCCAUAGCUUUUAAAGCUCAGCUCUUAGAAAAGCAUCGGUUAAAGAGCAUCCUGCUUCUCUCGGAUUCACUUUGGACAGAUGGAUCCUUUUACGAUGGUCGUGACAGGUGUAGGAGCAGCCGCAGCAGUUGUUGCAGCUCCUGCAGUUCUAGCGGCUGCUGGGUUUACUGCUGGAGGAAUUGCUGCCGGUUCGAUUGCCUCCUCCAUGAUGUCAGCUGCAGCUGUGGCUAACGGAGGAGGGGUCGUAGCUGGAUCUGUGGUAGCAGUUCUUCAAUCCGCAGGUGCAGCAGGAAUUUCUGUCGCAGGUCAAGCCGCAGUGGGUGCUGUGGGGGCCGCCUUGGGUGCAGCUGCAAGUAUGGCUUGCAACAGCACUGUGUAACUAUUUGAAUCCAAAAAAUAUACAGUAAAUAAGUACUUUCAUAAUCUUGCUGACUGUCUUUUGUGUUGUGAUUAAACAUUCCUUGGUGUGACCUAUGAGAUCAUGUAGCCUAUAUUGUUUGUUAGUAACCGUUAAUCUCUGCAAUCUCAUUUUUGCAAUAUUUAAAAAAAAUGUUGAUGCUCAGUUUACAAAUUGAUACAGUCAUUAUUUGUCAAUGUUUUUAUAAUUUCAACUAUACUGCACUUCAUGUGUAUAUUACUUUUUAUUCAAAUUCAUGUUGUUGCUUCUUUUUCUUGACAUUAACACCGGCCUCCUCAAUGAUUUACUUAAACUGUCACGGUCCUGCCCUCUUGUUUCUGAGUUUCUAGUCGUGUGGCAGGAUCGGGACGGAGUCCUUAGGUUUUGUGAGAAAGCCAUGAGUUGUUUGUUUUUACAUCUCAUGUGCUUUCUCGUGUCUUGUCAUUGGCCCCGCCCCUCUCGUUUCAUGUAUUGCUUCCCUGCCGUGUCUAAUGUUUCCCACCUGCCCUGUGUCAUUAUCCCUGGUUUGUCUUGCCUUUAAAAUGCCCUCAUGUUUCUUUGUCCUGUGCUCGUGGAUUGUGUAUGUACGUGUACCUUGUGCGUCCUGUAUGUUGCAGAUGUCCUGCUCCUUACCUUGUCCGUUGGCAUGUGAGUUUUUGUGUUGUAUCCUGCCGUGGUUUUGGUUAAGAUGUUUGGUCGAGUUCCUUAGUUUGGUUUUUGCUGUUCUUGUUUUCUUGUUUGCCCCCUCGUGGGAAGUCUUUUGUUUCAUGAUUUGUAUCUUCGUUCUGUUCCUGUUUUACACCCCCUCGUGGGUUUUUGUUUUGUUUAUUUAAUAAAAGUCUUUUGUUUAACCCCUUCA